CUAUUUUCUCCAUCCUCUUAGCCCUAGGCCUAGCCAACUCUCUCGCUCUUUUUGUCAGUCGUGUGUCUCUGUUCCUUUUACUCCAAUUUCGCUCAAGUCUAUCUCUAAAGUUCAUUGAUUUUGUAGAGUGUUAAUAGCUUGGAUUUUGACUUCGUAUUUGGAUGAUGGGUUCUCUCGGAGACGCUGAUACCCAAAUUAAACCAAUGCAAGAUAACCAAAAUCCCCAUUCCUCCUAUACCGAUACUCAGCCCUUUGACUCUCAGAUUUUUCCCUCUUCCUUGCCUGGUGAAAAAGGUAGCAACGCUAAUGAGGUACAAUUGGUGCAAAGUACUGUACCCUUUGAUGACACUAUUCCAAUAGAAGAUGCAUUUGAGACUCAAGUAGUUGAUCUUGGAGAUGAAACACAAGUACCGGAUGAUCCUCUUUGCCUUGAACACAUGGAUACUCAAUUAAUAGAUGAUUUUAAUAGUGAUGGUGAAGGAACGGAUAAAACUCAAGUUUUGGAUUAUAGUGAUGGGUUUUCUGAUGAUGAAUCUCAAGGAAGAGGCAAAUGUGAAUCAUUGGAUGGUGAGAGGAGUAGGCAUACUUCUCUUGAACACAGUGAGAACAUAUUGGUGGAGAAACCUGAUGAAAACUGUAGUUCCAGACUCAAUGUUUCUCCUGAAACACCAACUGUUCAAGUCAGGCAAGAACCAAAACCUGGUUCUAUUGCAAGAUUUACUUCAGUCCGUGCAGCGUCUUUGCGGGCAUCUGGUCUAGCAGCUUGCAGAAUUUCUUUGGAGGGAACCACCAGGGGUUCUUGCUCUCUCCAGACUAAUAAUCAGCAUUUGGAAGAACUUGCUAUGGAAAAUAAUGGGUCUAAUAUAGAAGCAUGGAAGGAAGUUGAUCAGGUGUGUGGUGCAGGAAGAUACAACAAUGAAGUGAAGGGAUUGAUAAAUGUGCAUGACUGUAAGAUUGGCCGUUCUACAGUGAGAAAACUCUUUGAUGAGGGUUGCUUUGUUGAAAAUGAAGAAUUUGCUUCCAGAAAUGAUAAUACUGCAGGGGGCAAAGAAAUACAUCAGUUUCCCACUUGUUAUGAUGGGUUGGCUGGGUUGAGCUAUAUUGACUCCCAAGAACCUGGAGAAUUGUCACAAGCCAAUGCAUUUGCCUGCGUGCGAAGGUUGAUUGAGGAGAACAAGGCAUUGUUUGAUAAGGAAUUUGACCUGGGAAAGGGUAGUAAGGGAAAAUUAAAUUUUGUUUCAGCCACAAAAGGGCCACAAAGUUUAGCCAAGAAAACCAGCGAUAGAGGCACCAAAAAGAAAACAGGAAUUUUUGACUGGGAUGAUGAACAAGAAGAUGAGGGAGGGGGAGAUAUUUUCUGUAGAAGGAAGGAAGAAUUCCUUGGUUGUGCAUAUCUUGGGCAAAGAUCUUUUAUGAAAACCCAGAAGGCCAACGGAAAACAACUGGACAGAUACACAGAAAAUAAAGGCAAAUCAGAUGUCCAGAAUGAAAUAGUUUUUCAGUCUGAUUCUAAAAUAGUGUUGCAUAAUACAGAACUAAAUAACAAGACAGCACCAGAAGCAGAAAUGAAUUUUGGAAAGAAUCUUGUCAGUGAGUUUGAUGAACAGUCUGAUAUAGCAACUUCAGCAGGGCAAUUGGAAGCUGGUCUUGCCAGGAAUCAGAUGCCGCAAGUGCUUGAUGUAGGUUUGGACACUCAAAUGGCUGCUGAAGCCAUGGAAGUCUUAUUGUAUGGGAAUCGAAUUGCUAAAAUUGAUGCGAAUAAUGUGCCAGGAAAUUCAGUUUCUCAAAAAGGAUCUCCAGGAAGAAAAGUUAAUAAGAGGAUGCCACAAGUUAUUGGGGUUGCCACAAGACAAUCUAAGAAAUCAAAGAGGUUUGGUGCUAAAUCAAACAAACAAACUUCAAUUUCAUCAGAGAAACAUUCUGAGAUUGUCAGAAAUGGGUCUGAUAUGGAUCUAUUAAAGACAAGAAGGAAGACGGCUAAAUCCAAUUUUGAAGUCUCCAUGACCAAUGGGAUAAAAGGGGCAGACAAAACGCCAUCUAAAAUAGCAGGAGUACCUAUUGAAAGAAGCCUACAUGAUAUGCUUGAUGGAUGUCAUGAAUCUGCUUUAACUGGUAGUGGCUCAGUUAAGAAACGGAACUUACCAGAGGAAUUUGCUACUUUGGUACCCAUUGCUCGUAGAACUAGGCUUUCUUUGGUCGCCUCUCAAUUGAAAAGUGCUGAGAAUGUGUGUAGUGGUACUGGAGAAACAAACUGUACAAUUGAGAUCAGUGCCCUCAGACGAAAUAAAGCUGGUGCCAGUGUUAAGGCUGCUAAGUUGUUGGAUGCUAAAGGGAAAUCUUCAGAAUUGGUUUCCAGAAAAUUCGGGCAACGCAAAAAUUUCAAAUCAAAAUUGACAACUAUGAGUAAUGGCAUCAGUUGCCCAAGACUAAGAUCUUGUCGACAAAAAUCAGGUCAACUUAAUGAACCAGACAACUUGGAUGCUCAGUCCAAGGCAUCUACCAGUCUUGCUGAGUUAAACACAAAGAGGAAAACACGAUCCUCCAAAUCAAUUUGUUCACACUCCUCUUCCUUAUACCAAAAUUUCAAAGAAAAAUCAUCACCAAGAAGUGUAGAUAAAUCAGGUUCAGUUGAUGCUGCUCUUAGUUUUACUUCCAUUGGGAAUGGGAAGAAGAAUUUUGUAGAUAAAAUGGGAGCAAAGGAAAAAUUACCUGACAGAAAGAAUAAUGCAUAUUUAUCGCCAUCUGCGAAACAUGAAGUAAUGUCAGAUCAUUUACCAAAUGAGGCAACUGAACCAUCAACUUCAAUGUGUUCUUCCCCAGCUAACUAUACAACCCCUGUGAAUUCUGCAUCACCUGUCUGUAUUGGUAAUGAAUAUUUUAAGCAAUCAUGCAAAAAGAGGCUGUCAAGAUCAUGCCUCAUGAGAGAAGUUGGUAACUUAUGUGCCACAGGGCGAGAACCUAUUUCUGCACUAAAAGAUUCAAGGAAGAGAAGAGAUUUGGCUAAUGUUAGAGUCUUGUUCAGCCACCACUUGGAUGAGAAUACAAUUAAGCAGCAGAAAAAGAUUGUGGACCGGCUUAGAGUUUCCAUAGCGUCCUCUAUUACAGAUGCAACACACUUCAUUACUGAUAAGUUUGUGCGUACAAGGAAUAUGUUAGAAGCCAUUGCUUCUGGCAAACCGGUGGUGACACAUUUAUGGCUUGAGAAUGUUGGACGGGCUAACUAUUAUAUUGAUGAGCAAAAAUACAUACUCAGGGACAUGAAGAAGGAAAAGGAGCUUGGAUUUAACAUGCCAGUUUCAUUGGCACAUGCACGUCAGCAUCCACUUCUGCGGGGUCGAAGAGUUUUUAUCACGCCCAGCAUAAAGCCAGGCAAAGAUAUAAUUUCAAACUUGAUUAAAACAGUUUGUGGUCAGGCAGUGGAGAGAGUUGGCAGAUCAACUCUUAAGGAUGAUGUGGUCCCAGAGGAUCUGUUGGUUUUAUCUUGUGAGGAGGAUUAUGAAGUUUGUGUACCUUUCCUCGAAAAAGGGGCAGCUAUUUACAGUUCAGAACUGCUGCUGAAUGGGAUUGUUACUCAGAAGCUGGAAUAUGAAAGGUAUCAGCUCUUUGCAGAUCAUGUGAAGAGAACUCGUUCUACAAUAUGGCUAAAAAAAGGUGGUGAUGAUUUCAUCCCCGUCACAAAACAUAAAUAGCGUCAUUUUUUAUCUUUUAUUUUUUUCCCCCUUGGUGGGGUAUAGGUUGUUUUCUUUUAUUUAUUUAUUUAUUUUCCCGUUUCUCUCGACUCAUGCAUUUUGGUGUUGAGUGAUAUCAUGUAUAUAAAUAAAAUGGUUUAUCUUCUUGUAUGUUUAAACACUUGAAAUGUAGAAUUCUGUUUCUUUCA